AUGAAUAAGCCUGUCACAGUGAACAAUGUUAACUCUGUUUACCCAAGUGCCCUAACAUUCCCCUUGCAAGGCAUAAAUACCCCCAAACAAAGUCCUCAGUUAAAAGUAACCCACCCAGUUCUUACUUUUGAUGUACCCUCUUAUCCUGAUGUCUUUUCUACUCUCAGAGGGCAAAGAGGCCUGUAUGAUGCUUGGAUAAACUUCUCGUUGCAGCUCUCUCUGAGGCAGACAUUUAGGGAAUCUGCUGGCAAUCAUAUUCUUGUCACACCCACCCAUAUGCGACACUAUAAACAUGGCCGUUGUGAUCCCACAUACUCAGUCACAAUGCAUUCUCGCAAGUUAGUGAGGGUCUUGGCAUCUCGCAUUGGUCCAGAUAACACAAUCCAAUACACUACUGAGCUACUACAGUUAUUCCAUGUUGCAUUUCUGGAACACAAGAACCUCAUCAGAAAGACAAAAAGUGGUCAAGGUGUUGGUCCACACCUGGCUGCUCUGCGUCGAUCUUUGCCAUCUGACAAUCCAGUGAAGAAGUUCCUCAACCCUUUUGGAUGCCCGUCUGUGUACAUCACAGGUGCAGAUCUAAUGGAGGGUUUAGAGUGUGGUGUUGGAAAUGUUUAUGCACAAGACCAGCUAGCUGUAACCUAUCUUGGAAAAAGAGACAAGGUGCGCAUUAUGCUAAAUGGAAAAGGGUGCUUUGCUCUAGAACUACAGAAGCUUGAAAAAAACCUCAAGUUGAACCUGAAGCUGGUGAUGCUUCUAGCUCUUAGAUAUGCCAUUGCAAGCCAAAUGGGAGCACUGGAGUCUCUAUUCCAAGAGGGUCAGACAGAGCAGAGGUUUCAAUGCCCAGACAGUCUACACAAAGACAAAAGCUCUGUUGAUGCUAACUCUGGCAUGAGCCCAAACUACACUCUGGUGAUUCAUGGUGGUGCUGGGGAUGAAAUCAUGCUAAACAACAAAGUCACAGCAGUCAUUGAGUUUGCUCUACGAGCAGCUUUAUCUCUAGGGUCCCAAGUGCUACAAAAAGGAGGCAGCAGUUUGGAUGCAGUUCAGAGGUCAGUGGAAGCUUUGGAGGACUGUUUCCUGUUCAAUGCAGGUAAAGGGUCAGUGUUUAACAAGGAUGGAAAAAUUGAAAUGGAAGCAACAAUUGCAGAUGGCAGAGCAAUGAGGUCAGGAUCUGUUGCUUGUGUGAAAAGUGUAAAGAACCCAAUAAAAGCAGCCAGAUGUGUGAUGGAGAAGAGCUCACAUUCACUGAUUGCAGGUGAGGGAGCCGAAGAGCUUCUGCAAGAUUUGGAAGAGAAAGAGAAACCUGUUGGGUUGGAGUACUUCUACACUGAUAUACGUCAAAAAGAGUUAACUGGAAAACUCAGCUGUGGUAAUACCUCAAAAAACAAUCAUCCUCAGACAGUUGGAGCUGUGGCCUUGGACCGCUGGAAUGGAUUGGCUGCAGCAUCCUCCACAGGUGGGUUGGUUGGAAAGCUGAAAGGGCGAGUUGGGGAUACAGCAGUUGUAGGAGCAGGAAUAUAUGCUGAUGACAAGGUAGCUAUUACCUGCUCUGGAGAUGGAGAUGUGUUUCUGAGGAACUCUGUGGCACAGAAAAUAGCUAGUCUAUACCACAACAGAGCCUAUAGCCUCAGGCAAGCCUGCAGGGAAGUGAUAUCUGAAAAUCUAAAUGGGACCUGUGCAGGAAUCAUUGCUGUAGACAGUAAAGGUGAUGCUGUCAUUGAGACAAAUGCUGGCGUGAUGUUUGUGGCCUCAAUAACUGAUGACAUUUCACGAGUGGAGGUUCUCAGACCAAUGAAAAGCUUGUCUAAUGUGAUCUGGGAAACAGACCAACUGGUUGCCUACCUGAAUCCCAAACCCUGGACCCCUGGGUCAACCAUUCUCACUAGAAAAACUCUCAGUGGUGCAAGUAGCAUCUUCCAGUUUGCCACACCUGACUUUAUUGCUAUGUUACAAGGAGCAAAAGCUGUUUCCAACUUGCUAUGUGAGCGGCUAGGGGUGCAGCGCUGCGCCAUGGUUUUCAAUCCAACCCCUGAUCAGCCAGCACAAAUCAGGCUGCUCCCACUGCAUGGAUUAGAGCCAAAGUGGGAGCCUCAUAUUGCUGGUGAGGAAGAAUUCCAUGAUUACAAUACCGGCUAUUGUACCUCAAAAAGCGGCCCACACUGGGAUGAUGAAGCGCUGGCCCAGGUUCAAGCCAGGAUCAGAAAUGCACUGCCAACACCUAAUGCUCCUUUUUGCUUUGACUAUUUUGGUGACCCUUCCAAUGAUAACCUGUUCUGUCGCAUUGUCCGUGGAGAGCAGCAACAGUGGAGAGUGUGGGAAGACAGUGAGCAUGUUGCCUUCCUUACACCGUACCCAAAUACACCUGGAUUAACUGUUGUGGUGCCACGCAAACCACUGUCCAGUGACAUCUUCAGACUGGAUGAACCUGACUACAAAGCACUGAUCUUGGCCACUUACAAAGUUGCCAAAUUGCUAGAAGAGGGCAUGAAAGCUGAAGGUGUUGCAGUGAUCUUUGAAGGAUUUGAGAUUGACCAUGCCCAUUUCAAGUUGAUCCCUCUGGUACCUUCACCAGAUGGCACUAAAUCUGUUGAGCUGAAAUCUGAAUACUUCCAAAACUACCCUGGAUUUGUGUCAUCGCUGGAUGGUCCACCUGCUGACUCUGAAACCCUCAAGAACAUCCAUUCAAAAAUUACCCAGUGCAGACCUCCUCGUUCUUGGGAGGACCCUCAGUCUCACUCCACACUUGCCAUCAAAAGCCAGUGGUAUCGCAACCUGUUCCAGAUUCAAAACACUCUGUUCCACAGCACAGUAGAAUAUUUCCACAGCUGUUGCCAGUACUCCUACGCCCUGACCCCUCUCACCACAGAUACCAUUUCCUCACCAAUGGGCCUGGGAUCUGACUCUGAGCCUGUGUCUGUUGAUCUGCUGGGACAGGAUGUCUACCUGGCCGACUCUAUGCAAUUUGUACUUGAAUACUUCCUGCGCUUCCAGGAGAACCUGCCAGGGACCUACUACAUAUCUCCCAGCUUUAGAGGGGAAGAUCCAGAUGCCACACACUUGAACCAGUUCUACCAUGUGGAGUGUGAACUACUGGGUGACAUGGACGAUGCCAUUUCCACUGCAGAGGGAUACCUGUUUCAUCUCACCAAGUCCAUGUUGAAGAAACACUCAGAUAUAAUCCUGAACACUGCUGGGACCCUUACACAUGUCACAGCUAUGCUGAGUAAACUAGAGAAGAAAACUCCACUACCAAGAAUCCCUCUAGACCAGGCUAUUCCCAUGAUGCCCUCUGCUGAUUGCUUAGAGUGGGUACAAGACGGCCAACCCCAUUUUGGCAGAAAGUUAACUCGCAAAGGAGAGCGUGUUUUGAUAGAGAAGUUUGGUGGGGCUGUUUGGCUUACUGAGAUGGACCAUCUUGGAGUCCCCUUCUACCAGGCCUAUGUGGAGAGCACUGGGCGGUGCAAAGCCAAAGCUGCUGACCUCUUGCUGGGACUGGGUGAGACUGUAGGUCUUGGUGAACGCCAUUCAACCCCUGAGAUGGUACAAGAUGCCCUCAGGCACCAUGCAGUGCCAGAAGAGUCCUAUAAGUGGUACAUUAGCAUGCGCCAAGUGAAGCCACUACUUACCAGUGGAUGGGGUAUGGGGACGGAGCGUUACUUGUGUUGGCUGCUUCAGCAUGAUGAUGUCAGAGAUGUACAUAUCAUUCCUAGGAUGAAAGGAAUGAAGUACAUGCCCUAAUCAGGUCCAGCACCAAUUUCCAGGCCGAUAUAUUUGUAUUUAUUGAGCCAAAAUAAAGUAUACAAUCUGGAUUCUGACCUUUCUGAUGUAACAAUUAUGACUAAUGCAAAUUGGAUCCAGAUUACUGGGUUUUAUAAUUCCUGAUGUGCCCAAAGACCAAAGUCUGUUAUCUCUUUAAUUCUUUAAUUCUGUCUUUAAUGCUGCAGAUGCUGUCAAGAACUGCAACAUUAGUUGGUAGUAGUAUGGAAGUGGUGUUAUUCCUUCUUGGUGGAGGGGUGGGGGCAGUAAAAUGAUUUCAAUGCAAUUAUAGAGUUAGAAUGCAUGAUAAGUGUAAAACCUUUUUUUUAUUUCAUUGUCAAAACCUUUUGCCAAUGUUGAAAUGGUCUAUUACAAAGUAUUAGUUGUGAGACAAACACUAGUAUGUUUAGUAAAAAUAAAUAAAUAAAUAAAUAAACUUAAGACAUUAUUUACCCAGUUGUUUUAAAUGUUGUAAUCAUCUGUAUAAGCAAAUUUUUUCUAAAUCUUCUAAAUCUUCUUGUUUUGAUCCUGUAAUUUUUUUCCUGUUGUUUAAGUCACCUAAAUC